AUUCCAAGCACCGAAAAACAGUGACUUUGUACCCACAUUUUUUCCUCCAAUUUGCACCGAGUAUAUAUCAAGAUAUCUCUCUCCUCAGUCUUCUUCCAUAAACAAAAAGAAAAACCCACAGAAACACACACUCAAGAUCCAUGAAGAAGAUCAAUUCGAUACUGAGGAAAUGCAAGACAUUGUCAAGGCAACUCACAAGAACAUCAUCGUACAGUAGCUUGCGGUCCAAGUCAACUAGAGAAGAAAAAUGGAUUUCUUCUGCAACUGACAUGCAAGAUCAUAACUAUGAAACAAUUUUUGUGGGAAGUACAAGAAAAAGAUAUAUGAUAAGUACCAAGUACUUAAAUCAUCCUCUAUUGAAUGCUCUCAUUGAAAAAUCGAAGCAGAAUGCAGAAGGAAAUCUCUCUGUCAAAUGUGAGGUGGUUCUGUUCGAUCAUCUUCUGUGGAUGCUUGAUAAUGCUGAACCUAAUCUCACUUCUGAAUCUUUGGAGGAAUUGGCAGAACUCUAUGUCUUCUAAACCUUAGUAAGAAUUUAUGUAUGGACUUGGUAUCUGUCGAGUCGAUCUAAUUAAAGUUUUUCUCGAGUUAAUCGCGAAUGUGUACUGUAGUGAGAAUUAUUUGUAUUUGUUGGUUAAUGUUAGAUUGUGGCUGUGAAUCUUGAAAAAUUUCACAAGAUUUUUCAGUCACAUUAUUAUGUGCAUUUCUGCUUUAUGAUUA